AUGUCUAAAACAGCUCGGAAAUGUCAUCAAGAACAAGCACUGAAGAUGGUUGUUGACUUUUGCACCCAGGAAGGUUAUCGGCUGCUCAAGCUGGGUGGUGGCGCUGGGUGCUGCCGGAGGAGUCUGGCAGAGCCCAAGGCGGUGGCACUGUGGAGUCACUGGAGUGGAAGUGUCCAAGUUGGAGAACUGUUACCUUGCAAGAUUUGUGGAAGGGCAUCCUUUCCAGUGGCAUUAAAAAAACAUGGACCUAUUUGCCAGAAAACUGCCACUAAAAAACGGAAGACUUUUGAUUCAAGCAGACAAAGAGCUGAAGGAACGGAUAUUCCAACAGUAAAGCCUCUUAAACCCAGGCCUGAACCACCAAAGGAGCCAUCUAAUUGGAGAAGAAAGCAUGAAGAGUUCAUUGCCACCGUAAGAGCGGCUAAAGGCCUCGGUCAGGCCCUUAAAGAGGGUGGCAAACGUCCCCCUCCUCCACCUUUUGAUGAUCCUGAUUACAUUCAGGGUCCAUGUUGCCAGAGGAGAUUUAAUGAAAAUGCAGCUGAUAGACAUAUAAAUUUCUGUAAAGAACAAGCAGUGCAUAUUAGUAAUACAGGCAAAUUUUCUACGGAUACCAAGGGAAACUCGACUUCUCGGACACAGUGUGAGGCACCUGCACUUAAAAAGUCCCGUUCUGCUUUAACCGCCUCAUCAGGAUCUUCACGAUUACCACAGCCAAGUGGCACUAGCAAAACUGUUGUAGGUGUUCCUUCGGGUAAAGUGUCUUCAGUUAGCAGCUCUUUGGGAAACAAACUUCGGACCUUGUCUUCCUCCCAUAAAGGGAUAGCAGCCCCUCACGUAGGUAAGAUGGACAAGUUAGGCCCUCCACUCCGAACUGGAAGACAUGGGCAGAGGUUGCAUGACAGUGAUGCAAAAUCAGACAGUGCCAUCAAAAGACAUGAGUUAUUACCCAUUAGAAAUCCUGCCUCAAGUGUGCUCGCAAGCAAAAGAAAAACAUAUACUGAGAGCUACAUGGCCAGGGUCUACAAGUAAUUUUAUUGAAAAAAUAACACAACAGCCUUCCUCGAUUGAGGGCUGCCCUUCCCCAAGCCAUUCCUCACACACUUAAAACACAGAGUUUGCACGGUAAGGAAUUCUUUUUAAAAGUCAUUUCUCUGUAGAAAUCACACUCUGCUCCAACAUCACGGACUAGACUGUUUACAAGCGUUCACAUUUUAAGUAUUCCUUUAUGAUUGUUCUCUCCUUUCCGUCCCUACCCAGGGCCUCCAGUACUUUUCUCUUACUGAUCCUGAAGGGAUGGGUAUGCUGUAGGGCAAGGGGUGGUGGGCUCCUGAGAGCUACUGGCAGCAGCCCUAGGGUGCUGUCCCUACCACAGGGUGGCAGAUGUGUGAGGGCAAGGGGGGUUGGACACGGUAGGUGGGAUGCGGCAACGCCCCCGUAGGCACAGGCAUCCAGAGCCCUCUCAGUUGGGGUGGGGGCCAACAGCUAGCUGCAGUGGGGAGGGAUGAGCCCAGUCCGGGGUAGAGGGAGAAGCCUCCCACACCUAUUAACAGCCAGCAAACUGUCCAUCCAUCUGGGGGGUUGGGGGGGAAACAGACGGGCAGGAGACGGGCAGGUAGGCAGGAAGAAUCAGGCUUGUUCUGCCCCGAGCUUCGAUCCAACACAGGAGGAAUUGAGGUAGCAAACGGCUGAAAUGCUCCAACGAGAAGGAAAGGAAAUUCCCACUGUGCACAGCUCCCACACCCUGGGGCUGAAAGAAGGCAGACCUUGCUUGUAAAGCGCUGUAGCCUCCAGCAGCGCUGGGCCCUGGGCAAGCUUGCAAGAAAGCAGGCCAGGCGAGGGCACAGGAGCCAGGCAUUCCUGACCAGCACAUGCCCUGCCAUGCUCCUCGGGGGGAUUGCUGGGGAAGGGGGACUGGGAACUCCGCUGUCAGCCCUUGCCGGCCACCGGCCAACUCCUGUCCACAUACAAACCAACACCCAACCAGCACUGUAGGGCGGCCCUGCUCACCGUUGAAGGUUCCAGGCCAGGGGAGUUUAUUCAGGGUUGUGGGCCCAGCCUAGGUUCCUCGAUGGAAGCCACACCUGGAGCCUGCGGGGGGGUGGUUCUUGCUGGGGCCAGGGGGUGUUUAUAGCUGCCACCCCCCAGGCUCACACCUCAUAGAGGAUCGCAGGGAAAUCCACGUGGAUGCGAGGAGGGAUCCAGCUUCCGAUGCCCUGAGGAAUCAGGUUCUCACCCACCCGCCUCCGCUUGGCCUGCUUCUGCCCGUUCUUGGUGACGACUGUCUCCUCAUAGAGCUCGUGAGCCAUAUCCCCGGCCUCGGCAUAGAACAUGGAGCCACGGCGGCGCCUGACUCCGAAGGGGGGCACGACCGAAGCUUGCUCAGCUACAGCCACCUCUGGGCUGCCGAAGCGAAGGGCUGCAGGCCGCGAGCUUCGCGGCCGCCGGUGCGGCCCCACGGCCGCUUCGCUCUCACAGGGCCGUCGGCGCCGCCUUCCGCAGGCUCCGCUGUCUCCCACAACAUUUUUUUUUUUUUCAUGAAAGAAGAAUAGGAAAAGGAAAGACGAGAAUUAAAAGAUACAGUGAAAAAAGGAAUGGGGUUAGUCCACAAAAUGUGUGGCAUGAGACCCUGUAGAUGGACUAGCCCCGGGCCACAAAGUGGAGUUUGAACUUUGUUGUAGGAGCCAAAGUACAGGAGAGGAUAAGAGUAGUUACCUGAUUCAUGAUGUCUAAAACAGAAAAAUAUAUCACUUUCUCUGUGAAAGUACAACUGGUUCUGAGGCCUCAAAAGUUCUCCUUUGAUUUCUCAUAAGGAGACACCAGAUAACUUGUUAACUUCUUAAUUAACAUCCGUACUGAAUCCAUAAUAAAUAUGGCAAUGGACUUCAUAGGGUGUUUUUUUUUAAGAUGCCCUCUAUGCAGGCCUAUAACGUGACAUCCUGUGAUCCACCAAAACCAGUUGUGAUGUGGGUGUGUUAUGUGUAGCUAUAUAUAUUGUCUGCUUUUGUUGUAAGCAUGUAACAUGUACAUAUUCAUUAUUCAGAUUUAAUCCAGGGAUAGAUAGAUUUUCAAGUAUCUAAGAUGCUAGCUCUCCAUCCUGGUUGCCCAUUAGAAAGAAGCAUCUGUGGAGCUUCCUAAAAAUGAACACAUCAGGGUCCCUCCCUGAGAUUUUGAUUUCUUUAGUUUGGAGAGUGGGAUCUGGGCACCUGCCAUUUGGAAAGUUUUAAGAGUGAUGCCUGUGCAUAACAUGAGGAUCAUAAAGGAAUUGGUGAAUUGCUAUCUUUUCAGCUAGAUUCUUUAAUAAAUAAUGUUUGUCUCAAAAAUAAAUAAAUAAAAAUUAAAAAUAAAUAAAGGAGCAAAGGACUAGAUGAACAUGGCUACAGAUUCACGAUGCCACCAUUUACAUUACAAGAUGUGACCUAAGAAAUUUAACAACUGAAGAUGUUCCCACUUCUUCCUUGGAGGUCAUUCAUUUUCCCCUCCUCUGGCUUCCAUGAAUAAUAUAGAUGUUUAAUUUUUCCCCCUUUGGUCCUUUGCCCUUUGAAUCCACCCCAGCAAAAACGCUCAACUCUAUGGCACUAGAAAAUAUUGUGAAGAGCUUUACCAUGUUCCAACAUUUGUGUAUUUAUAUACUUAUUUUAUUCUUGGUCUUUGCUUGAGCUUUUAAAAUUUUUCUUAGUUUCCACUGUCAUUUUCUACAUGUGUUGUCUCUGCCUUCUUUUUGACAGCUAAGGUACCUUGUUUUUUUCAUAAAUUUUAUUUA